AUGACGACAGAAAAUCAGCACAUGGAUAAAUCAAAAUUAUCGUCGACAAAUGUCGACUCACCGGGUCAAAUGCGUGGUUGGUUUAAAUUAAUGGAAACAAUUCGUAAAACAGAAUCCCCGCCAACAUCAUCUAAUGACUUGAAUAAAUCAUCAAUGAACAGUAGUAUAACAACUCCAACAAAUACAAAUGGUCAUCUAUCAGAAUCUCCCGGAACCAUUUAUCUUGAUCAUCUUGCCUCGAAAUCUCCAAAUUUAACAUCUCCACCUUCAAUUAUUAGUUUGACAUCAACACCUUUGCAUUCAUCAGAGGAUAUACCUGUGGUUCAUAUUCCACCAAUAACAAAAGCAAAAGAGCCCAGGCGUUCUUCAAUUCGUCGAAAAAAAAUUACCAUUCGUAAAUCGGCAAGAUCAAAAGAAUUCUCAGGAAACAAUACUACGUCAAAUGAUGAUAAUAUAAAAAUUGAUACUCAUCAACGAAAACGACAAUCCAACGAUUUGAUUCUCCCGUUAGCAACUGAUCUUGAAUCGUUACCAGGACAUAAUCACGAUGAAUCACGUGAUCGACGUUUUGUUAAUUAUACCGAUAUGAAUACAUUAUCAGUUCAUUUUAAUGCAUGUUUAUCUAUUGAUAAAAAAUCGUUCUCAUCAUCAUUUUUAACUAGACAACAUAUAUUUAAAACACGUCAUAAUGUCUUAAAUAAGAUUUUUAAAUUAUAUUAUUUAAAAACCUAUGAAAAUUAUUUCAAACAUGAACCAAAAAUAUUUGGCAAAAAUAAAGAUACAAAAUCGGACUCAUUGCUAUCUACUUCAGCGUCAUUUAAAACUGAUUGGUCAGUUUAUCGUCGAAAUUCAUCAUCAUAUAAACGUGACCCAAAAAAUUUUUUCCAUAUUUUACAAUUAAAUCCAAAAAAAGAUUUACUUCUAUCAACAGAUAAUCAAUCAGCAACAAAUUUAACAAUCGAAGAACAACAAAAAAUGCAUUAUGAACAAGUUAAAGAUAUCCUAGUACGUACAUACUAUCCACAUCUUCAUACAACUGUUCAAAAUGGAUAUUAUUUUGGUUCGAAAUCUAAACUGCUAGUUCAAAAUCAGGAUUUACCAAUUUUUAUAAAGUCUGAAUCACCCAUAAGUACGGAUGAGACAACGACGACAACAACAAUUACACUCAAAUCGCCAAUAUCAACUGGUAAACAAGAGUUUAGAACACGUGGCCGUAGACCAAAGCAUAGAAAAUUGAAAGAUAAGUCUGCACCAAUAAUAUCUAUGGAACGUCGUGUAAGUGAAGAAAUUCCACCUGUGGUUAUCAACGAACCAACACCUGUGCUAAAAUCAACAGAAGUACCGUCAUCUGCAUCUUCAUCAUCAAUAGAAUACGAAACAACUAAUUAUCGUAAACGAAAAAUCUCAUUAACAAUUAAUACAAAUAUAGACGAAAGAAAAAAGAAGAAAAUCUUACCACCACCGCCCUCACCAGAAUUUAUCAAUGAAUAUGAAGAAACUGUGGUUUCCGAUAAUAGUGACGAAGAUCUAUUACCCGAAGAAUUACCAAAACAAAACUUUAUUAAAAAUGGUCUUCGUUCAAAUUAUUAUAAGACUACAACUGAUAUUAACGUCAAAUCCAUGAGUAAUAAAAAUCGAGCUGUUCGUCGACGACAACAGCUAUCUGGUGCUUUACCACCAUUCUACAAAGGAAUAUUUGAAUCCGAUGAUGAUAAAUUAGGUUAUAUUGAUUAUCAACUUCCAUUUGAUAUUUAUUGGUUUAGUCAACAACUGCAACCAAAGACAAUCGAUAUACCGUUAAAACCAAUGAAACAAUCGAAAAAGAAGAAAUUAAAUCCGCCAAAACAAAAACUACCACAGCCAUCGCCCAGUAAAAAAGUCAUAUCCAAACUAUCUACAGAUUCACCUGUUGAAUCAAAACCUUUACCUUCGAACAAUACUGAUCAGAAACAGCAGAAAAUUAUCCGCAUCAACAAAGAUUUAAUAAAAAUCGAAGCAUUAACAGAAGAUGAAAAACAAAUUAUUUCAAAGUCUCGUAUUUUUCUAAAACGCAAUAUUCGACGUUUAAAAGAAAAACAAGAAUUAAAAGAUAAAAAUAAUAGUCAACAUAGGCAACACAUAGAAGAACAGCCAUUACCUAUUUUCUUCGCACAAAAUUAUCAUCAUCCAAAUCUCAUAAAAGAAACAAACAGCUCAACAAAAAAUUCAAGCUUAUCUCAUAAAGAUCUUUUAAAUUUAUUUUACAAUCAUAUUCGUCGUUCACAUUCGUAUAAGAGUGGUCAAUGUUCAAUAGAGCUCGUUGAUGAAACAUGUUAUUAUGCUCAAUUAGCACAAUUAAAUUUAAUAUUAAAUGAAAUUUUUGAUUUAUUAUUAAAUUAUAAAUGUCUUUAUACUGAUAUUUAUCCAUCGAAUGCAUUGAAAAAAUGUCCAUUAAAACGUUCAUAUCCUAUGUACUAUGAAAUAAUAUUAAAACCUAUGGAUUUAACAAUGAUACGUAAUAAGUUAGAUAAUGGAGAAUAUUUCUCAUAUGAUUUCUUCGAACAAGAUUUAUUAUUAUUAUUUAAAAAUGCUAUUACUUAUUGUGGUGCAGAUUCAGACGUUGGACGAGCUGUCAAAGAAUUAGAAACAUAUUUAAUGGAUAUACUGAAGCCUAUUUAUCAAUCAACGAUUGAUUUAUUUAACAAUAUGACUGAUACAGAUAAGAAUGAACGAAAUUCGGCUAGUCUUCAAUAUUUUAUAGAGCGUCUACAUGAAAAAGAAACUAUGAAUGGACAAAUAAGAGAAAUUCUUUAUGAUAUUAUCUAUAAUGUAGGUCCUAGUACGCCAGUUGUUUAUAAAACAGUUCAAGCAAAUACAACAAAUACAAAUCGAACAACAAAAACUAUCCUAACGAAUGAUUCUAUUGUUCAUUGUCGAUGUGGUUCGGUUUAUGAUGAAGUUUCACUUGUGCAAUGUUAUGCUUGUCAGUUAUGGCAACAUGUUUCAUGUGUAGUAAUAACAGAUACAUCUCAGCCUUACUAUUGUUUUGAAUGUCAUCCAAUGUGCGAACAAAAUCCUUCGUUUUGUUUAAAAACAAAUGUUCGUAUUCCUUUACGUCAACCAUUCAUACAAAUCUCUCACGAUAAUUAUCCGUCGUAUUCAACCAUAACACGUUCGGAUGGUUUUAUUAUUCGUAUAAAUGAAUGUUAUUUUAUAGAAAAACAAGAAGAAAGUUCAUCAUUAUCUCAAUAUAAUAUAUUUUUUAUUGAACGUCUUUGGAUUGAUGAUAAUAAUAUUGAACUAGCAUCAGGCUUCUAUUAUCUCCGUUCAUAUGAAACUUUUCAUGAAGCUAAUCGAAAAUUUUUUUGUAAUGAAUUAUUUCGUUUUCCAUCAGUAAAUGAUUCAAUUGAAAUCAAUUCCAUAAUUCGACCGUGCUACGUAUUAGAUGCAGGCACUUAUUGUAAAGGUAAACCCAUGUGUGAAUAUAGCAGUCGAAUAUUAGCAACGGACUUAUUUAUAUGUGAAUAUCGUGUUGAUAAAUUAGCAAGAAUAUUUACACGUUUACCAAAACCUAAACAUGCACCAUGCAAUAUGAAAUCUUAUUGUUUUGAUAAUUACAUUGAAAAGUUGUCAAUUAAACGAGAUUAUCAGCCUCAUCAAAAAGAAUCUCAUAAUCAUCAUCAGCCAACUCCUCAUCGACGUUCAACAACUCAUUCAGUAAAAUUAACAACUAAACAAUUCGAAGAAAAAUCCUCUCGCAUUGAUGGUAUUAUCGAAAAGAUCUAUUGCCGUUUUCAUCAUCCAAAUUUAAUUCCUAAUGAAGCAAAAUUUUCACCAAAUCAAUUCCUUCAACAGCCAAUCAUUGAUCCAAAUAGUAAUCGUAUUAGUAAACGUUUACGAAAUAAACAUCCAUCAUCCUCAUCGAGAAUCAUCAAUAAAAAACGUCGAACAAGAUCUAUUUCAUCAAAUGAAUAUUUACCUGAAUGUACAUUGGAUAAUACUCAAUGGAUCAUAUCAUCAUUAAUUGAUGAAUUAAUUGAAUCUAUAGUCAUCUGA